GAAAACACAAAGCUGUCAAAAUCAAUCACACGAAGUCAGUCGAUCGACAUUUUCUUUUCCUCCAUUUGGCACACAAAAGAAAAAGUGGUUCUGCGUCGCGAGAGUUAUUUCGAUCUUCCGUCGUCUUCUCGGAAUAAGUGGAUUGCAGUGCGUGAAGUUUAAAGGCGACAGAAAAUGUCGCUGUCCAGUAUCCUCCCAGCUCCGGCGAAUCCCAUCUGGGAUCGCGACGACGAACGUAAACAUGUCGCCAAAGGAACUCCUUCGAUGGGUGCCCUGGUUAGUGCCAAGAUAGCUGCUCCGCCUUAUGGUCAACGGAAAGGGUGGGUUCCCCGGACGGAGGCUGAUUUCGGGGAUGGUGGUGCCUUCCCGGAGAUUCACGUUGCGCAGUAUCCGCUCGGGUUGGGCGCUCCCGGAAAUGCGAACAAAAAAUCGAAUGCUUUGGCCGUCCAGCUGGAUCAGAGUGGCAAGGUCAAGUAUGAUGCCAUUGCCAGGCAGGGCCACUCCAAGGACAAGAUCGUGUAUUCCAAUAUCAAUCAGCUGCUGCCGGCGGAAGUUCUGGCCGAGGAUGCGGAGGAGUUGCGAAUGCCAGACCAGGAAGCAAUUGAUGAAAUCACGGAGAACACCCGAAAGGCCCUGGAAAAGCUAACCAAUCAGAAGAUAGUGUCCGCCAUGCCGGUGAGGGCUGCGGAGAAGCAAGCCCCAGCUCAAUACAUUCGAUACACACCUUCACAGCAAGGGGAUGCCUUCAAUUCCGGGGCCAAGCAGCGGGUUAUCCGGAUGGUGGAAGCUCAGGUCGAUCCGAUGGAACCACCGCGGUUCCGUAUCAAUAAGAAGAUUCCACGAGGGCCUCCGUCGCCCCCUGCUCCAGUUCUGCACUCCCCAACCAGGAAGGUAACGGUCAAGGAACAACGCGAAUGGAAGGUUCCCCCAUGCAUUUCCAACUGGAAGAACGCCAAGGGUUACACGAUUCCGCUGGACAAACGUCUAGCCGCCGAUGGUCGGGGCCUUCAGCAGGUCCACAUCAACGAGAAGUUCGCAAAGAUGGCCGAAGCUCUGUACAUAGCCGAUCGUAAAGCUCGGGAGGCGGUCGAAGCUCGUGCCCAACUGGAGAAGAAAUUGGCCCAGAAGGAGAAGGAGAAGAAGGAAGACAUGCUGCGGCAGAUGGCCCAGCGUGCCCGUGAGGAACGUGCCGGAAUUCGUCAUCCAGGGGAAAUGGCCGGCGGAAGUGGAAGCGCUGGUGGUGAUCCAAGCCUCAUUCCCGCCGAUUUACGGGAACGGGAUGAGAUUCGAGCUGAGCGCCAUCGAGAGCGCGCUCGGGACAGGAAUCUGGCCAGGGCGGCUCCCGACAAGCGGUCCAAGCUCCAACGGGAACGGGAGCGCGACAUUUCCGAACAGAUUGCGCUGGGAAUGCCGGCCAAGUCUUCGGUCGGAGGCGAGGCGCAGUUCGAUCAGCGGCUGUUCAACACUUCCAAGGGUAUGGACUCCGGCUACGGGGAUGACGAGGCGUACAACGUGUACGACAAACCGUGGCGCGAUGCUGGAACCCUGGGAACGCAUCUGUACCGGCCGAGCAAGGCACUGGAUAACGAUAACUAUGGUGCGGACUUGGAUCAGAUUAUGAACACCCAGCGAUUCGUACCGGAUAAGGAGUUCAGCGGAACGGACCGUUCGGCACAGGCAGCCCGCCAGGGACCGGUGCAGUUUGAGAAGGAGGAGGAUCCGUUCGGUUUGGAUCAGUUCUUGAACAUGGCCAAGAAGGCUCCGAAGCGCAAGGAGGACGCCAUGGCCGGUAGCAGCAAUCGCGACAAGGACCGCAAGAAGAGACGCGAUUGAAGAGGUUUGAUUUUGUUUCUAUAUCUUUAGGUUCAUCUACUAUUUAGGUUCUUGUCCAUUUCUCGUAAAAAUGUAACAAUUGAAUGUAUUUUCCACUCAGGAAAAUAAAUAUGAAACACUUAGCUAAUACCACUA